AUGCACGUCUAUGUCUUGUGUAUGAUGAAUAAUAUGGCGCGGUGAUUCUGCUGUUUUCAGCCGACCAGGAAAUUCUUCUGUUGUCCGGUUUCGUAAUUGUAUUCGCAAAUAAAUAAUAGGAGUUUUGUUAUUUUAUUACCUUUUAAAUUGUGGGAUAUUUAGAAUACAUUUACAAGAUGAAAAUUACGGUUACUACUUUAUCCGAUGAUAUAUUUGUGUUAGAUGUUAGUGAAGAUCUAGAAUUAGAAAAUUUCAAGGCAUUUUGUGAAGUGGAAUCAGGAUAUCCAGCUCCAGAAAUUGUUAUUGCACACAACGGCAUGCCACUGUUAGAUGACAAGAAGUCACUGAAAGAUCAUGGCAUUCGGGACGGUGAUGUAGUGAUUUUACAGCAUAUGCUGAGUUCAGGUUCCAACAUCAGUUUUGCAGCUGCUAAUCAAGGUCUUCCAAUGCUUGACUUCAGUGGCAUUCAGGUUCCUGGGUCUUCAGGCUCAUUGCCAAGCCAUACAGUACCAGGUGCAAGAGCACAAGAAGAAGAUCCGAAGUUAAUCAGAGAUAUGUUCUUGGCCAAUCCAAAUCAGCUUGCCCUCUUGAAACAGAACAAUCCUCGCUUGGCUGAUGCUUUGCUGUCUGGCAACCUUGAUGAAUUUGCAACAGUACUCAGGGAGCAGGUUGAAUCACGUGCAGAAAGACAAAGACAAAGAAUUAGAAUGAUGAAUGCUCAUCCCUUUGACACAGAAGCUCAACGACUAAUUGCGGAAGAGAUCCGUCAGAAAAACAUUGAAGCAAAUAUGGAAGCAGCUAUGGAAUAUAAUCCAGAGACAUUUGGAACGGUUGUCAUGCUGUAUAUUAACUGUCAUGUUAAUGGUUUUCCUGUUAAAGCGUUUAUUGACUCAGGUGCCCAGACGACGAUAAUGUCAGCAGCUUGUGCUGAACGUUGUCACAUCAUGCGCCUAGUGGACACACGCUGGGCUGGAAUUGCCAAGGGUGUAGGUGUUCAAAAAAUCAUUGGACGCAUCCACAUGGUGCAGAUACAGAUUGAGAAGGACUAUUUGACAACGUCAUUCUCAGUUUUGGAGGAGCAACCAAUGGACAUGCUGCUCGGCCUUGACAUGCUGAAGAGGCAUCAGUGCUCAAUAGAUCUUAAAAAGAAUGUUCUGCGAAUUGGGACAACUGACACGGAGACCCCAUUUCUGUCAGAGAGGGAGCUUCCUGAAUGUGCCCGUCUGUCAAGUCAGAGCGAGGAUGAUGUCAUCGGACAGUCGGUUCGUGAAGCAGAAGAGAGGGAUUUGGCUCGUGCUCUUCAGAACAGUCGAGAAUCGGCGGCUGUUGCUACCAGCAGCAGCAGCAGUAGCCUGAGUUCAAUGCCUCGUGACCCAUCCAUUCUCAUACUGCCAACAGACAACUUUGGUGAAAAUGAAGUACGGGAAUUGGUCAGUCUGGGUUUCACACGUGAGCAGGUAAUUGCAGAAUUGAGACGGUUUCGAGGUGAUAAGACCCAAGCGACGGCAGCUCUAUUUGCCAAGGCACUCAAAUUUUGAUUUCACAUCACACUGAGGAUUGAAGUCUCUAAGAGUCGCUGAAUACUGAUACAUGUGGGUAAAACAGACACACCAAAUAAAGUGUCUGUCUCUCUCUUUCUCUCUCUGUGUGACGCUAGGGAGUGAUGUCACUGAACCAAAGGAACUGUAGGUUGCAUAUUUUAAGAAACUGGACUUCCACUAGUCCAGCAUAUCACCUGGGAGUUUAUCACAGUUAUGUUUUAUACUAUAUUAUUUUUAUGCAACAGGUAAUCAAAACUGUUUUACUACUUUGUCUUCCACACUAGUCAACAUACAUGAGCUACACAUAGUGCACCACAUCUGUCAGUGUUGUGACAGUCUGUGUAUGACAUCGUUCUGGUGUAUUGCUUUAUUCUCACCUCUUUCAUUUAUGGCUAUAAAGAACAUGUACUACUGAGCAGACACAUUGCGUGGAUGCUUGAUGUUUAUGUUCAGGAGGUGUUGGUUUUAUUUUUAUUUGGUAAGACCAACCUUUAAUAUAUGUAUAAUUAGGAAAAAGGGGUCAUUCAAAAUAAAAUAUGAAAUAUAUACACCAAAUUUUCUUGUGCUCAAAUCUACAGAACUUUAAAUGGACUACAAUCUAGACCAGCAGUUCUUAAGAGAAGUUGGUAUAAAGUUUUAAGGAUGUGAUACAUUUUAAAUGUGAAAGUGAUAUAUUUGACAAAUUUCUACCCUGUCCAUGCUACUGCAGUGUCUGAAGAAUUGUUUUGUCUCAAAAUUGUGAACAAGAAAAUAUUCCAAUGGUUCUAUUUUGUAUUGUCAUUACUCUGCUGUGAUGCAUUUCUUAUCUUAUUACAGUGUGCAGAGUGCACCGUAAGUGGCACACAUGCAGUUCUUAUGGACAGAACUGACAUGCAUUCAUUUCUGAGCUUUCUUUUGUUAUUUUGUGAAUACAGAGUAAAAAUAAUUAUUCCUCUUAAAACUUAUCUUCAGCAAAUAAACUAUUGAGUGAAUAAACAGACAUAUGUUAGUGACAGUUUAUUCUUUCAUUGUUAUUAUAAACUGACUUAGAGUGGAUUGCAUAGAAUCAUUUCUUUGGCAUUGCUAAAGCUUUUUGCUAGUAUCAGAAUUCUUGAGUUUCUUCCAUCUCACAUGUUUAGAUCUUGCAUUCUGGUUCUUUUGCACCAUGCCCACACAAGGUUAUCCUCAGUAUAGUGAGUGUUGACAGAUACUGGAUUCUUUAGAGUAAUGACAUCCUCAAUAGAGUGAAACACAUGCUUAUGACUGUGACAGGAUUUAUACCACUGUGCAUGAGAAUGGUGUCACACAAGUUACCCAGAUCUGAGUUGGGUAAAGAAGAAAUCAUCGCAGAAUAUUUUGCCAACAUUGUCAGACAUGAUAUAGACUCGUGAUGGUAAUAGUGGUGCUCAGUUUUGUUCAGUUGCACUGCGUAAAGGUUUGGUUCUUGAUAUACUCACAAGACAGAAGCUGCUGUACACAAGUAAGUAAAAAAUAAAAUAAUGUUUUUGCUGGGUGUCAUUCUUUGGGAAGAGUAAUGUCUCACUGCUACACAUUGUCUUAAUGUGAUAUUUAUUUCUUUAUUAUAAUGUACAGAAUAGAAACUUAAUUUCAACAUUGUUUUUUGCAGUUAUGUACAGUAAUUGCAUUCAUUUCUCUCUCUUUCUCUCUAAAAGCAUGUUUGUUGCUAUUCUCAUGCUUUGUUUUAACCUAAACAUCAAAACAUACAGUGCACCACCACAUGUGCGACUUAGAUGAGUUUGCUGAAACAAAUUGUGUACCAGUAUCUGUACUGGUGGAACUGUUCAUGCUACUAAAGAAACAAAUAUAAGCAUAUAUAAAGAAUGAGGAUAAGAAAGGCAUUUAGUAAGCAUCUAACUCUAAAAUUAUGUGAAUUGCUGGUGUAGAUUGUGAAACAUCUAAGCUGAUGCCAUUUGUAAAAAAGAUUGGUAACACAGGAACAAAAAAAUAUGUUUUUUCACCUUUAUUUAGUGUACAUUUGUACUGAAAUGUUACAUGAAUGUGUACAGUCAUUUCAGGUUGAUUUGGUUGUUAGAAUUUUGUAUGGCGUGGAAUGUGUUCUACAAUGGAGAAGUGCAGUUUGAACUGGAAAUGCAGGAUUAUAUGAAAUGUUCAUACUUCUAAUGGAAGAUGAGUAUUAAUUGUAUUAUAAAACAAAAGUUGUUGUAUUUUCUGUUGUACAUAAACUCCUCCAAAUAUGAACUGAGUAAUUCUUUAUGAUUUGCCCUGCCAGUUACAAUAUCCUGUAUCUCUUCAUCUUUGUUCUUUCGUGGUUCCUAUCUCAGACAGUAAUGACACCAGCGAUGUUUAGACAAACUGUUUGGGUUACUGAGUUUCCUGUCUGACUACUCUUUCCAUUCAGCAUUAUCAUUUAUGUUAUUGGUUGCAGAGAGACAGAUGGCACAGACUUCAUGGAGACAGCUGCAGUGUCUUGAGGAAAAUAUUGGUUUAGGAUAGUGUCAGAUAGUGGUGGAAGGCAUGCAUUCAUACCCAGCUUGAUGUUCAGACCUUAACAGGUAGAAGGUAGAACAGCUGAAAGGUAGAAGGAAAUAAAUAUUUUUAAGUCCAUUUCUUACAACUCUUUCAGUAAAUCAAAAAUGUAUAUUACAAGGCCAAUUUUAAGGAUUAAAUUCAUUCUUUCAUUUAUUAAUUUAUUCAUUCCAGGGUUGCUUAAUGAUAUUGUAUCAAGUAUAGAGUAUAUUUAGCAUCAAGCAAAGGUGGAGAUUUCCAUGGCUGGUGAAGAUGCGUGAAAGUAUGAAUGAAGCAUUGACCCACUUUCAGAGGGAUAUCUGACUUUCACUCGGAGAUACUGAGGAAAACCACGAAAAGGAAUGUGAGAAUAGAUACUUGAAAUAGUAACCUCCCAAAUACAGGACAUAUAUGUUGGUACUGAGCUAACCUGCUGCCUCAGGAAUUUUAAGAAGGGUCUAUCUCCAACAGUCCAUUAAUGCUCUCUAGCAUUGUUUUCCAACUGGUGGUCCAUGGACUUCUGCUGGUCUACAGCUUUAUUUAGGCUGAUCAUUAUGCAUUCUUAUGCAUUAGUUCUAUAUGUUUUACCAUACCUGGUAAAAUUUGUUUUAUAACUGUGCCUUGUUUCAUCCCCUUUUAGUAUAUAAAUGGUGUGAUGAACAUGACUAGUUUUUUUAUGAAGUCUCAUUAGGUUAGUGAAUUACAAGUACUUUUCUUUAUGUUAUAUACUUGACAGUGUGGGAGAAAUAAAUUAUUUCAAAUGCUGUCAUGUAUAAUUGAGAAUAAUUAAUGUAUAUUAUUAUUAUUAUUGUGUCUCUUCAAUUGUAAUACAGUCUAAAGGAAUUUAAUUUUAUAUUGUAAAUAAAUAUGUUUAGAUGUGUUUAGUAA